CUCAGUCUCUGUGCCUCUCCCAUCACUUUCUCUCUUAUGGCAGCUUUUUCAUACCCUUUUCUUCUUGACUCCACUUACUUCCCCUCCAAACCUUCUUCCUUUACCAUGGACGAUGGAAACCGCUUCAACUCUGACUCACCACAUCUCCUUUUCCGCCAUGACCAUGAGAGCAGCUGCGUUGUUUCUCAGAGUGAUAACGAGGCAUCGGUCGGUAAAAAACAAACCACCGGCGGUGGCGAUUCCGCCGUGGUGGUGGGUAAGCUUAAAAACGGAGACCAAGUCAGCCUUGUCAGAAACAGGAAACGGAGGACCAGAAAUGGGACUGCCUUGAAUUCUGCUAAAUCCAAGGAUGCAAAAGGAGGGAAAAACAAGUGCAGUAAUGGGAUGGAAAUCGAAAAGAAAUCUCCUCAAGAUCCUCCAACAGGUUUCAUUCAUGUAAGAGCAAGGAGGGGCCAAGCAACCGACAGUCACAGCCUAGCAGAAAGGGUAAGGAGAAAGAAGAUCAGUGAGAGGAUGAAGGUAUUACAAUGUCUGGUUCCAGGGUGUGAAAAGGUAACUGGAAAGGCACUUAUGUUGGAUGAAAUUAUCAACUAUGUCCAGUCCUUGCAAAAUCAAGUAGAGUUUCUGUCAAUGAAGCUUGCUUCUGUGAGUCCCAUGUUCCAUGACUUCGGACUAGACCUGGAAGCUUUAACGGUGAAACCAGAGGGAGUGAACAGUGAAGUAUCAACAACAGCAGUGCUGCCAUGUAUGAAAGAAAGCACCACUCAGGCUUCAGCUUUUGUUGAUUCAACAACCGCCACCUUUGCCCCAUCUGAUAACUAUCCUCUUCUGGAUGUCUCACCCUCGCCUGCUCUUUUUCUUCACCAGGCCCAGGCCCAGGCCCCCAUUGUCUUCUCUCACCAUCAGGAGUUGGAGGACCAAAGACAGAAAUUUCACAAUUCUUCUGGGCUCAACGACAGCUUGUGUUCUUUCUAUGAAGUAUUUAAUGCAGUGAGCUGCCCUACAAACAUCUGGUAUAGUGCUACAAGCUUGCAGAGAGGAUGAAUCAAAACAAGGCUUAUCUUUUUUAUAACUCAAGCAGCAUGCCUGGAGGGCACCCUAACAUCAAUGGAAA